AGGUGGGCGUGGCUCGUGGCUUUGAUAUGGCGAACAGACUGCUUCUAUCGAGGAUUCUAGCUGCAUUACUAGCUUUCUGGGUCCUCUUCCUGGAGAUAUGCUCGGCUGGAGAGCUGUUGGGUGCCUUUGUCAUGCCACACGGAGGUAUUGCUCUUGACCCCAGGUACUUCAACACGACUAAUUCCACAGCAAAAGCCGAGGCCUGGGCCUUGCACGAGGCGUGUCAGCAGGUUGGCAGAGAGAUAGCAGCGCUGGAACCUUCUGUGAUUCUACUCAGCACUCCACAUGGCGUUGCAGAUCUGAGCAACUUCCAGUUCUACCUGAACCCCAGAGGAUAUGGCUGGGCAGACACAGACAACUGUGACUGCCCUCCUUGCUGCUACAACGUCUCUGCGGAAAUUGAUGGACCUCUCUCCCUCAGAAUCAUUGAGUCUUUACUACAGAAAUGGCCUGGAGCUAAUGUAUCUGGCUUGGCGGCCUAUGGUCCUCCAGCCCAGGAAGAUGCUGAGCCUUUCCCUCUGCGAUGGGGAGAGGUCAUCCCUCUCCACUUCAUUCUACCACACUCUCCUCUCACCAGAGUGAUGGUUCUCUCUCAGCCAAGUAGGAGGUACAACGAUAGUGUUGCCAUGAUUCCAGAGCUGCUUCAGCUAGGUCAUGAUCUGCAGAGUUACAUCAAGAGCGAGACGACAGAGAGAGUGGUGGUGGUGAUCAGUGCAGAUCUAGCACACACUCACCUCAGCUCCGGACCCUACGGCUACUCCAAUGCCUCAGAACCCUUUGACCUGGCAGUAGGGGAGUGGGUAAAGGGAGUUAACGGGACAGCUCUACUGGAGACAGCGGCUGUUCUGGUGGACAGAGCUCUCUCCUGUGGCUACACCGGACUUGUCAUGCUCCAUGGUGUCCUACAGGCUGUAGGUCUAAGUUCCUGGGUGCCCAGACUAUAUGCCAACUACCACCCCAGCUACUAUGGAAUGAUGGUCGCGUCUUUCCUUCCAAAAUAACAGCUAUCAAUUCUCAACUCUCAACUUCUUCCUCCAGUGUUUGUCAUGUAAUAUUGCAGUGACAAAAUAAUCAUGUGCGUAUAAAGACAUUUUCAUUGCCGGCUAAACUGAGAAUAGAGAAGUCCCAUGGACGAUAUCGCAUCGCCCAGUCCCACUGUCUUUGAUGGAGCUCUGCAGACCAGCACCGGAGUAAAGACAUACGCCACUCCGCCCCUCUCCCAUGACACUACCCCAGACUCCGGAGUAAGACUAACAAAAUGCUGCGACAUUACUCCGUCUGUCACGGAGAGAGUAAAAUCCAGCGGAACUUGAAGUUCGAAUUUUCCUGCCUCGAAAUGCUCCACGUCGCAGGCCUGGAGUCCGGCAAUUCGUGCUCCAGCCAGCACU